GAGGCAAGAUCCCUUGUCACGUGACCUGACACAAUGGCGGCGCCCUGUGUCCCAGUGACUCGGUGUUGAUGUGUUGAGAUUUAUUUCAGUCAAGUGUGCGUGUUUUAUUAUUAUAUUAUAGUAUUUAUAAUAAUUUUUCAUUUUGAUUCGAUUUAAAGUGACAGUGUUAAGAUGAGGCGGUUGCUGACACUCACAUGCUCGCUGUCUCGCGCUGCUCGGAGGAGUGUGUGGUCCAGUCACAGGUCAGAGAAGACAGUCGGAGUGGACCUGGAGGGAAGAAAGCUCGAGAUAUCGACGGGGAAGCUGGCCAGAUUUGCGGACGGCUGUUCUGUCGUUCAGCUUGGAGAAACGUCAGUCAUGGUCACCGCCGUCAGCAAGACCAAACCUUCACCAUCACAGUUCAUGCCCCUGGUGGUGGAUUACAGACAGAAAGCAGCGGCCGCCGGACGAAUCCCCACCAACUACCUGAGGAGAGAAAUGGGCACCAGCGACUCCGAGAUUCUCACCAGCAGACUCAUCGAUCGCUCCAUCAGGCCGCUGUUUCCUGCUGGAUAUUUCUACGACACACAGGUUCUGUGCAACAUUUUAGCUGCCGAUGGUGUAAACGACCCGGACGUCCUCGCCAUCAACGGAGCAUCUGCUGCUCUCGGUGUCUCUGAUAUUCCCUGGAACGGACCUGUUGGUGCUGUGCGUAUCGGCCUGAUUGAUGGAGAGUUUGUCGUGAACCCGAGCCGGAAAGAGAUGAACUCUAGCACCCUGAACCUGGUGGUAACAGGAGCUCCUUCUAGCCAAGUGGUGAUGAUGGAAGCAGCUGCUGAGAACAUCCUCCAGCAGGACUUCUGUCAUGCCAUUAAACUGGGAGUGAAACACACGCAGCAGAUCAUCCACGCCAUCCAGCAGCUGGCUCGAGAGCUCAAGGUGGUGAAGCGCACGCCCCAGAAACUCUUCACUGCCCCGCCCGAGAUGGUGGAGUACACCCGCCUGCUUGCUGGCGAGAAGAUCUAUGCUGUCUUCACAGACUUUUCACAUGAUAAGGUUUCCAGAGAUGAAGCUGUGAAUAAAAUUCGACUCGACACAGAGGAGCAAGUUAAAGAGAAAUUUCCUCAAGCCGAGCCGUUUGAAGUGAUCGAGGCCUUCAACGUGGUUUCUAAAGAUAUUUUCCGUAACCUGGUACUGACCGAGUACAGAAGGUGUGACGGGCGAGACUUGACAUCAUUACGAGACAUUUCGUGUGAAGUGGACAUCUUUAAACCUCUCCACGGCUCGGCGCUCUUCCAGAGAGGACAGACGCAGGUGCUUUGUACCGUAACUUUCGACUCUAUAGAGUCCAGUGUGAAAACGGACAUCAUAACCACGGCCCUGAGUGGGAUCAAAGACAAGAAUUUCAUGCUUCACUAUGAGUUUCCUCCGUAUGCGACGAAUGAAAUCGGGAAAAUGGGAGGAGUGAACAGACGAGAGCUGGGUCACGGUGCUCUGGCUGAAAAAGCCCUGAGACCAGUCAUUCCUAAAGAAUUCCCCUUUACCAUCCGAGUGACCUCCGAGGUGCUGGAGUCCAAUGGCUCGUCAUCCAUGGCAUCGGCAUGUGGAGGCAGUCUGGCUUUAAUGGAUGCAGGUGUGCCGAUCUCCUCAGCGGUGGCUGGAGUGGCUGUGGGUCUCAUUUCAAAACCAAACCCUGAGAAACUCUCUGAGAUUCACGACUACAGAUUACUGACGGAUAUACUGGGGAUUGAGGACUAUAACGGAGACAUGGAUUUUAAAAUGGCCGGAACAAACAAAGGCAUCACUGCGUUACAGGCUGAUAUUAAGAUCCCAGGUCUUCCUCUGAAAAUUGUAAUGGAGGCCAUCCAGCAGGCGACAGUGGCUAAGAAAGAGAUUUUAGGGAUCAUGAAUAAAAGCAUUUCGAAGCCCAGGAGCUCGAGGAAGGAGAACGGCCCUGUUGUUGAAAACGUUCGUGUGCCGAUUUCCAGAAGAGCUCGCUUCGUUGGUCCUGGAGGAUACAACCUCCGCCGACUGCAGGCCCAGACAGGUGUGACGAUAAGCCAGGUGGACGAGGAGACGUUCUCGGUGUUCGCUCCGACUCCACACGCCCUGCACGAGGCUCAGGAGUUCAUCACAGACAUCUGCAAAGACGACCAAGAACAGCAGCUGGAGUUUGGGGCUGUGUACACAGCAACCAUCAUGGAAAUCAGAGACAGUGGCGUCAUGGUCAAGCUUUAUCCCAACAUGACCGCUGUGCUUCUACACAACUCUCAGCUCGAUCAUAAACGGAUCAAACACCCCAGUGCUCUCGGACUGGAGGUCGGACAGCAGAUCCAGGUGAAAUAUUUCGGACGUGACCCCAUGGACGGCAGGAUGAGGCUGUCUCGUAAAGUGCUUCAGUCUCCUGCAGCCACGGUGGUGAAGACGCUGAGCGAGAAGCAGAGCAUCACGAUGGGAGCAGCAGACAAAGAGACCUCAUCUUCCUCAUGACCUCUUCGUAUUAGGAGUCGCUUUCCGUAUCAGACUCUGGAGUCGAGCUGGAUCCAGUUCCACCGUGUCCUCCUUCAUGGUCGCGUUUGAAACCCUAAAUGAUGUACGUUCUCCGGAAAUCACAGGGUUUCUGCUGGGACGCAGGAGUGAGGAAACUGUGCACUAUUAAUGUACUUGUAUAGAAAAGUUUGUACGAAGAGUUAUGUCGAGUGUGUUUCUUUUCUGCUUCACAUUUGGUCAGGCUUAUUCAUAGACAAAUUCAAAAAUAUUGGCACCCAGCAAGAGACUAUUAUUAUUAAUAAUAAUAAUAAUAAUAAUAAUAAUAAAGAUAUAAAAUUACAAACAUUUCCCAUUCAAACAAUUAGAGAAGCUAUUUCCUGUCAAGGAAGUUAUUACAUUCCAAGAAGAACUGCUUUAUUUUCUGUCGAAAAAGAUUUGUGGCAAAAGUAUUGGCACCCCCUAUACAUGUGUAAUAACAGUUUAUGGGUGCAGAAAACGUUGUCUUCGACUUAAUAUGAUGUUUUACGCACAUAAUAUCUCGAACACCUCGAGAACUAAGGAGAUGGGUGGUUUUUGACCUUCACAAGUAAGUUUACGCUUUAUAUAAAAUAAAAAUAAAGCCAUAAGGCACAACUGGGACCAUGAAGAAGUUUCCUGGAACAUGUGGAAAAAGGUAACUAACAAGUCAAUGUGUAAUAAAACACAAAGUGUUUAACAGAGGGUUUAAAACCUUAACCAAACUGCUGGACAUAGUAUUCAAGAGGUUUUUAUAUGUUUGUGACCUCGGAUUUUAUGAAAACAAACAUUUUCUGGACACUAUGAGGAAUAAUCAGUAGUUUUAUUGUUCAUUCUGCCAUUGGUGAUGCGUUUCUAUUCAGAAGUGUGUGUUUGGGAAGAAGCUGAAACAUGAAAAAACUCUUAUCAAAGUUUCUUUCUACAAAUACUUUCGGCUACUGUGUCGGUCAGAGAGAUCUGACCAAAGUCUGACCCAAAAAAACUGCAGGAACAGGCGCAGUGACGCCAGAGAGCGCGAUGUGAUUGGCUUAGAGCGAGACACGUGACGAUAGAUUACAGUUACGUUUUCUGUUCGGUUCAGAAACUUGGAGAGUCGACUCUGAAUCGAUUGAGUCGAUUCUACGUUACAAGAAUCCCCAAAACUGUAAACCAGAUGAUUUUGUCGAAAUAAGUAAAUGGUGUAAUAUUGAUUAAGUAAAUAUAUCAAUGUUACUGAUAAAAAUAAAAGAAUCAGUACCGACUUCCUCGUCACGCCAUUUGAGCGAGCAUUCAUAAUGAACAAGUGAAAUUGAGUGCUGAAGAUGCUAAAAAAAAAAAAAAAAGCCAAUUAAAUCAUCUCUUUCAAUUCUUUAGGCUUGGACACAUUUUUGUCACGAAUUUUACAGUUCCAAAAGUAAAACUGCUUCUUCUUCUUUUUUUACUAC